AUGUCUUUCUACAUCGAAAACAAGUCAGUUGGCGACGCCGCCAACUCGGAAGAUUGGCGCAUUCGCGGCUACAACCCCCUCACACCUCCCGACCUUCUCCAGAGCGAGAUCCCCCAGUCGCAGAAGUCGCGAGAAACGGUCCUCAAGGGCCGCAACGAGACCGUCGAGGUCGUCCAAGGCAGAGACAAGAACGGCAGACUUCUCGUCGUCAUUGGCCCAUGCUCGAUCCACGACCCCAAAGCCGCCCUCGAUUACUGCGACCGCCUCGUCACGCUGAAGGAGAAGUACCAGGAUGACCUCCUCAUCAUCAUGCGCUCCUACCUGGAGAAGCCCCGCACAACCGUUGGCUGGAAGGGUCUGAUCAACGACCCGGACAUUGACAACACCUUCAAGAUCAACAAGGGCCUGCGUGUUUCGAGGCAGCUUUUCGUCGACUUGACUGAGAAGGGCAUGCCUCUCGCCAGUGAGAUGCUGGACACCAUCUCUCCCCAGUUCUUGGCCGAUCUGCUUAGCGUCGGUGCCAUUGGCGCCAGGACAACCGAGUCCCAGCUCCACCGUGAGCUUGCCUCUGGUCUGUCCUUCCCCGUCGGCUUCAAGAACGGAACCGACGGUACUCUCGAUGUCGCUGUCGACGCCAUUGGCUCCGUCAAGCACCCUCACCACUUCCUCUCUGUCACUAAGCCUGGUGUCGUCGCCAUUGUCGGUACCGUUGGCAACGAUGACUGCUUCGUCAUUCUGCGAGGUGGAAAAAAGGGCACCAACUACGAUGAGAAGAGCAUCAAGGAGUCGCGCGAGGCGCUUGAGAAGAAGGGCCUCAACGCCAGGUUGAUGAUAGACUGCAGCCACGGUAAUUCCGAGAAAAACCACAAGAAUCAGCCAAAGGUCGCACACGUUCUAGCCGAGCAGAUUGCUGCUGGUGAGACUGGCAUCAUGGGCGUAAUGAUCGAGAGCAAUAUACAUGAGGGCAACCAGAAGGUACCCAAGGAAGGCAAAGAGGGUCUGCAGUACGGUGUAUCUAUCACAGAUGCCUGUAUCAACUGGGAAGACACGGAGAAGGUGCUCGAAGAGUUGGCUACCGCCGUUGCAAAGAGGCGAUCGCUUCGCAAUGACGCCAGCGGCCAGUAA